AUGGGCUAUCAGCUCGAAUUCAAACGGAAUCACGCCCUCUCCUCCAAUGAAGAGCCGUAUGAGACGGUCUUACUUGGACAUGUCGACUCUCAACAUAUUGCGGACUCCUUAAAAGAGAGUAGUAGUAUGUAUGUAGACCAUACUCCGAGGAGUGAUCUUGAAAUCGCAGCCAGUCAGAUACCGGCCCCUCGUGUUAGUGAGAAUUUCAUGGCACCUGUGAAUGAUACUACCAACAAGAGAUGUCAAGAGUGGACUAUGGAAUUUGUUCGUCAUCUGGUUGCUCGGGGUCUACUUGAGGAAGAAGCCGUUCAGAUUGUCCAGUCGAAACGCGAUUCGCCAGCCCAUGGAAUCGCUUUGCAGCCUGCUGGUCGACGAGUAGUUUGA